GAAAAACAAAUUUAAAUUUCUGUAGAGGAAAAAUCAAAAAGAAAAAAAAAAGAGAAAAAAAAAGAGAAAAGAAGUUUUGUUGGGAAAUAAUGAAACAGAAAGACUCGUAAGUUAUUGCAGAUCUGAAAGGAUCGACGAAACUAAAUCUAUCAAUCAUUAUGGCUCGGAUCUUUGAAUACUUCGUUGUAUGUGGAAUCGGUCCAGAAAUCAGAACAUUAGAUGGGAACAAAGGAUUUCAUGGCACAAGUCAUAUGUACUUGCCAUCUCUUCUUGAUCAAUUCCCUCCUAUUAAUCACUCUCUUUAUCCUCCUCCUCCCCCUCAACUCUCAACUUGUGUUCUGCCAGCUGGUGUGGAAAUCUAUCCAUCAGGGUUCGAUUCUAAUGAUGCUGCCACACUCCCAAGAAGCUAUCCAAUAGUUUUAACUGAGGGAGAUGGGUCUAAAAUUUAUGUUAGCUGCAUUGCUUUUCGAGAUCCAGUGAGUGAGGAUAUUGCUGAAGCUUAUCGAAUCCCAGCGAAUUCAUUUGCGGACAAAUGUAUCUGUCUCGUUUCACACUCACCCAGUUUUCGUGUCCUUAGGGAUACACUGGAGGAAUUAUUUACUCUUUGCUUUUCUCCUACUGGCAGCAGCAAGCCAUUGUGGGAUGUUAUUGCGUAUCUUGUGUCAAACGUUCCUUUGCCUACACCGGGAAGGGACAGGGUGCUUUUUGCUGUUGAACACUGCCUACUUUCUGUGGAGGCUCCAUCGAAUGAUGGACUGCCUCAUGCUGAUAUAUCCUUUCAACCACUGGUGCAGUGCUUGGAUGUGGACAACUUAAUUAAGCUUUUCACAGCCGUGUUGCUGGAAAGGCGUGUUUUGAUUCGAUCAAAUAAGUACACACUUCUAACUCUGGUGUCGGAGGCCAUUUGUCAUUUGAUAUAUCCUUUCAGGUGGCAGCAUGUCUACAUUCCAUUACUAUUUUUCAGUGGGGUAGACUAUAUUGAUGCUCCCACACCAUACAUGAUGGGUUUGCACUCAGGUGUUGAUACAACUGGUCUCAGUAUGGAUGGUGUAGUUGUCGUUGACCUUGAAUACAAUCGCAUCACCACUACAGAAGAUAUACCUCCCGUGCCAGAGCCAGAACUGAGUACUCUGCGGGGUGACAUAAUGAAACUUUUGUAUCCAAAUGUUGUUGGUAUAGAUGAGAUGAAGACUAGACUUUGUACUUCAUCCGAGUAUUAUCCAAAAGGUGGCAGCAGACCCUGGGGAGAGGAGCAAGAUCUUCAAUUUAGAUUAUUAUUCUUAAAAUUCUUCGCAUCCAUUUUGAGUGGCUAUCGUAAUUUCAUGGAACCCUCUGCUAAUCAAGUCUUCAACACUCAAGCAUUUAUGAAAAAACGCUCUCGGUCAACUAGCCAACCACCAGACUCCAUGAUUGCACAGUUUCUGGAAUCUCAGGGGUUCAUUGAUUACCUGGAGAGAGGCAUUGGUUCUGACGCUAAAGCUAAUAAUCUUCUUGAUAAGCUACAAGAUGCGAUGGGAAGAGGUCAAAAUCCCAUGUCUAUUUUUCCAGUUCUCUCGUCAGAACCUGAGAUCAUAACCAUAUCCGAUGCUGGUGUUGGAAUUUCAGGAUCGGGUGGAAAACACUGUUAUGACAGAUUUCCUGCAAACUUUAGAACGGAGGAGCAAGAAGAAAAGAGGAAGGCUAUUCUUGCAGCAGCUGUUGGAGCUCUGGAAUAUUCAGCAAAGCAUGGUCCUAGCUCCCCUUCUGUGAGACUCGACUCGAAAGCGGAAAGCCUCAGUCCGAGGGAAAGAGCAGCUGAAAGAGAACGGAUGGUACUGGAUAUACAAGUGAAGUUGCAGGGUUUGUGGUUGCGUCUUUUGAAGUUGGGUGCUACUGAUGAUCCUCUUUCUUCAUUUGAAUAUGGCACAAUACUAGCAUUAAUUGAGUCGGACGCAGAGGGAAUUGGAGGAAGUGGGUUUGUUGAAUGUAUAAGGGAACACAUUCACACUGGAUGGAUUUGCCAAUUGACAGAGGAGCAGUUCAUUGCAGUGAAGGAAUUGCUCAAAACAGCAAUUAGUCGUGCCACCUCCCGCAAUGACACGUCAACUGUGAGAGACGCCCUCGAAAUAUCUGCUGAAAUGUACAAAAAAGACUCUAAUAACGUCAAGGACUAUGUGCAACGCCAUCUCCUUUCUCUUCCAAUCUGGGAGGAACUAAGAUUUUGGGAAGGAUACUUUGACUAUUUAGUGGACCAGAAUUCAAACAAGUUGUCCAAUUACGUGACUCUUGUGACAGUACAGCUCAUUAUACUGGCUUCUCACAUGGCUGGAUUAGGACUUCCUGACACUGAUGCGUGGUACAUGAUUGAGACAAUUGCUGAUAAAAACAAUACCGGUUACAAGAAUUCUAUAAAUCUUCGUGGUUUAUUGUCACAUAUCCAGCAUUUACGUGUUGGUUACUGGGGAAUCUCCUCCGUGAAAGUCCAUUCUUCGUCACCGUAUGGAUUAGCAUCCCCAUCUCCAGAUGCCGUAGAUGAGAGCCAGCAGCCUACUGAGGCUUCUGGUGUUGGCCGGAGCUGGGUCCAGAGUAUGUUUAGCAGAGAUACGUCGACAAGAAACAAUUCCUUCAGUCGUGGUGUCCGCAGGUGGACUUCUGACAAUAGCAACCCAGCUGCAAAUGAGAACAUCAAAGGUACAGCUUCUCCCCGUAGGCCAGAAUUAUCAAAUGCCGGGCAGAAGAAAAUCCAGUCAAGUAUGCGUGUUCUCAGAGGCCACACUGGUGCCAUCACUGCUUUACAUUGUGUAACGAGAAGAGAGGUGUGGGAUUUGGUUGGUGAUCGUGAAGAUGCAGGCUUUUUCAUAAGUGGAAGCACCGAUUGCACGGUUAAGCUUUGGGAUCCUAGUAUCCGUGGUUCUGAGCUUCGUGCGACUUUGAAAGGUCAUACAAGAGCUAUCCGUGCAAUCAGCUCCGACCGAGGGAAGGUGGUAUCGGGAUCAGAUGACCAAACUGUCAUAGUUUGGGAUAAGCAGACAACUCAACUUCUAGAAGAGCUAAAGGGCCAUGAUGCACAGGUCAGCUCGGUACGGAUGUUAUCAGGAGAGCGUGUCCUCACUUCUUCCCAUGAUGGAAGCAUAAAGAUGUGGGACGUGAGAACGGAUACUUGUGUUGCUACUGUAGGUCGUUGCUCAAGUGCAGUUCUUUGCAUGGAGUAUGAUGACUCUACAGGAAUCUUAGCAGCUGCCGGGAGAGAUGCGGUUGCAAAUGUUUGGGACAUCCGUGCUGGUAGACAGAUGCACAAGCUAAGAGGGCACACAAAAUGGAUCCGGUCAAUAAGGAUGGUUGGAGACACUGUAAUUACUGGAAGUGAUGACUGGACUGCUAGAUUAUGGUCUGUUUCUCGUGGAUCAUGUGAUGCUGUACUAUCAUGCCAUGCUGGUCCAAUUCAAUGUGUUGAGUUAUCACCGUCCAAUAAUGGGAUAAUUACGGGUUCAACUGAUGGACUGAUCAGGUUUUGGGAAAAUGAGGAGGGAGGGAUAAGAUGUGUGAAGAAUGUAACUAUACAUUCUUCUUCUGUUUUAUCUAUCAGUGCUGGGGAACAUUGGUUAGGAAUUGGAGCGGCAGAUAAUUCCAUGUCCCUCUUUCAUCGGCCUCAAGAAAGGCUUGGUGGAUUCUCCGGAACUGGAUCUAAAAUGGCUGGGUGGCAACUGUACAGAACUCCACCAAAAACAGUUGCUGUGGUACGAUGUGUUUCUACAGACUUGGAAAGGAAAAGGAUAUGCAGUGGUGGACGCAACGGACUUCUUAGAUUGUGGGAAGCCACUAUCAACAUUUAGUUCACUAAUGAUUUUUCCGGGAGCCUUUAAUGUUAUCACUAGGGCAAUCGACAGAUAUAUUGGAGAAAUUUGGCCUGCAAUUGAUUACUGCAUCAAUAAGCAACUCCGACGACAGCAAGUUUGCUGCAGUUUUUCCCUCCAGAGUUAAUUAUAAUGCUUCUAAGUAGAUAAGGGAAAAGAAAUGCAAAUUAUAUAUAUCCACAAGCUUUUAGUUCAAAUAUUAGUCCAGUUCUAUCUAGUGCGAGGUUUUGUGUAGUGAUGUGUAUUGAAAUAUAGAAGCUAUCCCUUCAUAACGGGAUUCCAGAGUUCAUAUAUUGUGUUAGUGGAUGUGAUUUGUAAAAUGUACAUUAAUUUUUAGAUUUUCUGGUAAUCAAAUACCAACUGUGUUGAAAUAGAACUUUGUUUCUGGCAA